GUAGAAUCAAAGUGCUUUUAACCCAAACGCGGAAGCUCACAAUGACUAGUUUUGUACGUUAUACUACAAUUCACUAAUUUUACUACACUCUUUGUUAUUGCUGUUGGUUAACAGAAACUGCUAUCCUUUUUGUGAUUCGAUUGGAAACAGUUUAAAACUGACUUUCGUUUCAACUUCCAAGUUCCGGUGUGUUUUACCGUAAUUUACGUAAGAAUAUAUCUCAGUGAUAGUACUGUCUCUCUGCGGCACCCCACUGUACCUGAUGUAUUUCAUGGUGCCCCGAAUCAUUGUUACAUAGACUAAAAAGAAAUAUAAAAAAGUACUGGAAUGGAUUCAAAGAAGUUUGAAGAGGGGUUGAAACAUGAAGUACAGAGGUUAAAACAACAGAAUGAGAAAUUAAUGGAACUUCUUACAAAAUGCAAAGUAGUCCUACAACUUAUGAAAAGUCGUACACAUGCUUUGGUGAAAGAAAAUAAGUCAUUAUUAAAGUUGGUGGAACUUAAAACAAAGGAAUUGAAAGAUUUUCAGAGUGCAUGUCUGGAGGAAAGUACCAAGUAUCAAAAUGUGAGAUAUUUAGGACUGGAGAACUCAGGAAAAUGCACAGAUUCCAGUAAUGGAAAAACAAACACAAAUUUCCCAUACCAGUUCGAUGAGGGAACCUGUUGUCAAGUGUGCAAAAACCCAUUAGGAAUUCCAGGAAAAUGCACAAUUGUAUCUUCAUGAACCAAAGAAAUAUUUUGAGCAUGAAAACUACUUCCUCAUGAGUGAUUACAAUUGAACUGUGAAACAUGCUAAGUUAAUGAGAACAUGUACAUUCAUCCUAUCAUCAACAGAAAAAUUCUCCAUUUAGAGAAAGAUGGAAGGCUGUAUAGUUCCUUAGAAAAAAGUAUAAUCUUGUGAAUCGUGAAAAAUAAAGUUUUACGAGUAAACAAAUGAAUGAAAUUGGAUGAAUGAAAUUAAUGUCCUAGCUCAAGAAAAUAACUGAUCGGGAAGAAGCAGGAAAACAGUAUUAUAAAAAUUAGUGGAGGCAAAUGUAUGGCUUCAAAAGAACAUAAAAAUCUAAAGAUAAUAUUGAAAGUAUAUAGUUAAGAUUAAAAUUUGUUGAGAAAAUAUAUAGACUAUUAAUCAAGAAUCUAGUAAAUGGCACUGUAAUAUAGACUAAAAAUCAAAUCCCAGAAAAGCUCUUGCAAAAAUCAAGCAGAAUUUAAAAAUCCACCCAUGUCAUAAUCAUCAGAUACAAGCCUUCCUUUAUUAUUUCUCAAGGGCCCUACUCCAUCCUAACAUUU